CUUUGGCAUUUUCAGCGAUAAUUAUCUAUCAGUUUCAGUAUUCGGGUCAAACAAUUUUAUUGUUAAUGUAUUCAAAUUUUGCUUCCACGCAUUGAUGUUUUAAUUCAGCUGUAUCAAAAUGAUGCAGCACCAGUAUUGGGUAACUAAGAAGACUGUGUUGAAAAAACUAGGAACCAAAGAAGACGAGUGUAUAGUUUCAUCCGAUGCCGAGUUAGACGCGAAAUUGGAGUUGUUUCGAUCAAUAUCAGAUAGUUGUUUGCAAUUACAAAGGGUUUUAGACCAAUAUCAGGAGCGUUUGUGCGUGUUAGCGCAAGAGGAGAACGCUUUAGGGAAGUUUUUGCGGGAUUCGGGUAAGAAUAAUGAUGCAGCUGGUAAACACAUGGUGUCUGCUGGCAAGGCGAUAUCGUACUCGGGUCAGCAGCGUCUGUCUGUGAGAGGGCCUUUGUUAAGGUUGUACCAUGAAGUAGAGACGUUCAGAGGGCGCGCAGUGAGCGACAUGAGGGCGACGGUGUCUGCUAUGGAGAAGGCCCGCAUCGAAUACAGAGCUGCAUUGAGUUGGAUGAAGUCGACCAGUGCGCAGCUGGAUCCGGACACGGGCCGCGGGCUGGACAACUUCAGGAAGGCCCAGAGACAAGUGAGAGAGAGCAAAAAGGCUUUUGAUAAGCUGACACUCGAUGUACUGCAGAAGAUUGAUCUUCUAGCUGCAGCACGAUGCAACAUGUUCUCCCAUGUCCUGACAAAUUACCAAAGCUCCUUUUUAACAUUUGGCACAAAAGUGUCUCAAACGCUCUUGGCCACUGCAGACACAAUGAACGCUAAGCCUAUGUAUGAGUUCUGUAUACUUAAGGAGUUGUCACAGAACUUGGGGGAGGGGGAUGGAGAACGGAAACAAGAGGAGAUAGUACCGCAGGAUAAGGAUCAAAUGCUAUUUUUCCAGGAUGAAUACAAAGAUGACAACGACAACCAAAAGCCGAAACCUACAGAGCCCAACAAGAGCGACCAAAGAGACGAGGCCAAACCUAACCCAGACAAAGUCGAGGCUCUAACAGAUUCCGCUAAUCUUAUAGAUGUUGUGGAGUCAACUGAAGAAAGUAUCAGCGCAGAUUUGGCCGGGUUAAGGAUGGACUGUGGUGAUGUGGCCGGUAACUUUGGGAUGUUCAUGCCUUCCCAGCUAUUACAGGACAUGAAUGCAUCAAGUUUAAUGGAGGAAACCCUCAUACCGGUGAAUCCUGAAAAAAACCAGCCCGAAUCAACUGAGCCGAAUGCUUCCAAACCAAAGAUUAAUCAGAAGAAGGAUGACAAAGCCGCUUGGUUCAAGCUCUUUGCAGAACUGGAUCCUCUUGCGAACCCAGAUAGCCUUUUGGGCUCUAAUAAUAACCAGAGUCAUGCAGCUUAGAUACAGUCCAAAGAAGGCAAGUGGCAAAGAUUUUACUACAGUUGAUUCUCUACCUUGCUGCUGUAUAAGUAAAGUCCGUUUUUGAAAAAUUGUUGUACCUACUUGUUUUGAUACAAUGUCUUAUGCCUGGCCUUGCCACUAAGGUAGUCUUAUUCACUUUGAACAGACAACUGAAGGAAAAAGAUACAAUGGAAGUAAAGUGAUGACAUAGUAUGAAUUAUCUCAAAUGAUUUUUUCGCCCAAACCCUAAGCUGUUUCUUUUGUGCGCCGCGGUGGCUACCUCAUUUCUCAUCAGUGAAAAGGAUCACGCCCGUUUGAAAGGCAAUUCUCAGGUUCAGGAGUCUUGGUGAGUCCAUAUAAAAUUGUUACAUUAGUAAUUACUGUGCAAUGUACCUAUUUCUCACAGCCAAUAAAGAUUAUGAUUAUAAUUAUGAAAUUUUAGCGUUCUACUUUUAUGGUUCAAAUUCAUAUAACAGCAUUCGGAGUUAACACGUUUGGGUAAUGCAGGAUGACAGGUAUGAAUAUUCCGAGAUAGCAAAAAGCUGUUACUUGAAUUUGAGCCCUAUGUGUACCACGCUAAAAUUGCCUUAAAUAAUUACUAUUAUUUACUUACCUUAAAUUACUUUAAAGAUAAUAUUGUAUAUUAUUUAAAAUUUUAUAAAACUGUAUAAAGUAAUGCACUCGUCUGGUUAAAGCAUACAUUGUACCAUAGACUUUUU